CCGGGGCGGGCGGGGGACCACGGGUGGCAGUGGCGGCGGCGGCGGCUGGAGGAGGCGGGCGCGGACGAGCAGGCGGCAGCGGCGGCAGUCCCCGGAGUCCUCGCCUGAAGCGCCCCGGUCGGCGCCGCCGCGGGCCCCGGGGGGAGGGCGGCCGGCACGCGGGCCGCCGAGGAGCCGCUCCCCCGGCGCCGCAGCCUCCGGACGCUCGCUCCCAUCCUCGCGCUCCGGCUCCGGCUCCUCCAUCUUGGCCUCGGCAGUGGCGGCUGCCGGGAGGAUGUGCCGCCUUCUGGCCGGGGGAAGAAGGAGGAGAAGAUGAAGAAGUACCGGCGGGCCUUGGCCCUGGUGUCCUGCCUGUCGCUGUGCUCGCUGGUCUGGCUUCCCAGUUGGCAUGUGUGUUGUAAAGAGAGUUCUUCAGCUUCAGCUUCAUCAUAUUACUCUCAGGAUGACAGUUGCAGACUAGAAAAUGAAGAUAUACAAUUCCAGAAAAAGGAUGAAAGAGAGGGACCUGUCAAUGCUGAAGUAUUGGGAAAAGUGGAUUCAAACUUACCUGUUCCUCCAGAAGAACAUAAAGUAGCAGAUGACUACAUUGUCGAUGUACAAAACACGGAGUCACAUAAAUUAAGACCACCUGUGACUGAGACGUUCUCUACCGUUGAUCUCCAUGAAGACUCUUCCAGUGUAGUGAGCAGUGAAAACAUGGAAAACAUUUCCAGUUCAUCUACCUCAGAGCUCAUUCCAGUCUCAAAACUUGAUGAAAUAGAAGAAUCUGGUACUAUUCCUAUAGCUAAGCCUCGUGAAACAGAGCCGCCUGAAACUGACUGUGAAGUUGGUGAAGCCCUUGAUGCCAGCGUUCCCACUGAGCAGCCUGCCUUUGUCGGUGCCCAUGAAAGCCUUGUUGGCCAGCAUAUAGAAAAUGUGUCAUCUUCACAUGGCAAAGGAAAGAUAACAAAAUCAGAAUUUGCAUCAAAAGUUUCAGCAAGUGAUCAGGGUGGUGGUGAUCCAAAGUCUGCAUUGAAGGCUUCAGAUAAUUUAAAAAAUGAGAGUUCAGAUUAUACGAAACCAGAAGAAAUUGACCCUGCAUCUGUAACAAGUCCCAAAGACCCAGAAGAUAUACCAACAUUUGAUGAAUGGAAAAAGAAAGUUAUGGAAGUAGAAAAAGAAAAAAGUCAGUCAAUGCAUGCAUCAUCUAAUGGAGGUCUACACGCCACGAAAAAGGUCCAGAAAAAUCGAAAUAAUUAUGCCUCGGUAGAAUGUGGUGCCAAAAUUUUGGCAGCUAAUCCAGAAGCCAAGAGCACAUCUGCUAUUCUUAUAGAAAAUAUGGAUCUUUAUAUGUUGAAUCCCUGCAGCACUAAGAUUUGGUUUGUUAUUGAACUUUGUGAACCAAUUCAAGUAAAGCAGUUUGAUAUUGCAAAUUAUGAAUUAUUUUCUUCUACUCCUAAGGACUUUCUGGUUUCUAUCAGUGACAGGUAUCCCACAAAUAAGUGGAUUAAGCUGGGGACUUUCCAUGGGAGAGAUGAGAGGAACGUCCAGAGCUUCCCUUUAGAUGAACAGAUGUAUGCAAAAUAUGUGAAGAUGUUCAUCAAGUACAUAAAGGUGGAGUUGGUGUCCCACUUUGGAUCAGAGCACUUUUGUCCACUAAGCCUUAUAAGGGUAUUUGGCACUAGCAUGGUGGAAGAAUAUGAAGAGAUUGCUGAUUCCCAGUAUCAUUCAGAACGGCAAGAACUAUUUGAUGAGGACUAUGAUUAUCCACUGGAUUAUGGUACAGGGGAGGAUAAAGCCUCAAAAAAUCUUCUUGGUUCUGCUACAAAUGCCAUUCUAAAUAUGGUGAAUAUUGCCGCUAAUAUUCUGGGAGCAAAAACUGAAGACCUGACAGAAGGAAACAAAAGUAUGUCUGAGAGGGCCACUGCCCCAGCUGCACCCCAGAUGCCUGCAGCAGGUCCCGGGUCACCUCCUGCUCCUCCGCCUGAGUUUGUAACCGCUGAAGAACAAGGACAUGACACAGAGCCGUCAUCACUAGAUACUCCAAAAGAGAGUCCCAUUGUCCAGCUAGUUCAAGAGGACGAAGAAGAGGCAAGUCCAUCCACAGUGACCCUUCUGGGUAGCGGAGAACAGGAGGAUGAGUCAUCACCCUGGUUUGAGGCAGAGACACAAAUAUUUUGCAGUGAACUGACCACAAUUUGUUGCAUUUCUAGUUUUGCAGAAUACAUAUAUAAAUGGUGUUCAGUUAGAGUUGCUCUUUAUCGGCAACACAGCAGAAGUGCUAUGAGUGAAGAAAAAGAUUAUCUUGUGCCAGUGCAACCAACAUUGCUACUUCCUGCAGAAUCAGUCGAUGUGACAGUAUUGCAGCCUGCACCUGGAGAAUUGAACAGUAAGAGUAAGGCAAAGGAAGCCGAGACGGUUGUUCUAGGUGACUUAAGUAGUAUGCACCAAGGUGAUUUGAUUAAUCACACUGUAGAUGUAAUUGAACUUGAACCAAGCCAUCCUCAAACUCUUUCUCAGUCUCUUCAUUUAGAUGUUACUCCAGAAAUCAGUUCAUUAUCUAAAAUAGAAGUAUCUGAGCCAAUUAAAUAUGAAGCAGGGCACACACCAUCACAAGUGAUUCCCCAAGAGAGUUCUGUUGAGGUUGAUAAUGAAAUAGAAAAGAAGUCUGAGAGUUUUAGUUUUGUAGAGAAGCCAACUGUGAUCAUCUAUGAAACUAAACUUAAUGAAGUAGUAGAUAGUACUGUAAAAGAAGACAUAAACUCCAUGCAAAUGAUCACAAAGCUGUCCGAAACAAUAGUGCCACCUACAAGCACAGCUGCCGUGCCAGACAGUGAAGGCGGGGAAGCCAAAAUGAACGUAGCUGACACACCAAAGCAAAUGAUGCCUCCUGUUGUGGAUGCUUCUGCAUUACCUGAAGUGAAAGAGGAAGAACAGUCUCCAGAGGAUGCCCUUUUAAGAGGGUUACAGAGGACAGCUACAGAUUUUUAUGCUGAAUUGCAAAAUUCGACAGAUCUAGGAUAUGCUAAUGGAAAUCUUGUACAUGGAUCAAACCAGAAGGAGUCAGUGUUUAUGAGACUUAAUAAUCGUAUUAAAGCCUUAGAAGUUAACAUGUCUCUCAGCGGUCGCUAUCUGGAGGAGCUUAGCCAAAGGUACAGAAAACAAAUGGAAGAAAUGCAAAAGGCUUUCAAUAAAACAAUAGUAAAACUUCAGAAUACUUCAAGAAUAGCAGAGCAGCAGGAUCAGCGGCAAACAGAAUCCAUCCAGUUGCUGCAAGCACAAUUGACCAACAUGACACAGCUGGUGUCAAACUUAUCAGCAACAGUAGCAGAAUUAAAGCAGGAGGUUUCAGAUCGGCAGAGCUACCUUGUCACCUCUUUGGUUCUCUGUGUGGUCUUGGGACUGAUGCUUUGUAUGCAGCGCUGUCGAAACAUCUCUCAAUUUGAUGGAGAUUACGGUUCAGGACUUCCUAAAUGUAAUCAGUAUCCAAGCCCUAAAAGGUGUUUCUCCUCCUAUGAUGAUAUGAAUUUGAAAAGGAGAACUUCAUUUCCGCUUAUCAGAUCCAAGUCUCUACAGUUAACUGGCAAAGAAGUAGACCCAAAUGCUUUGUACAUUGUAGAGCCUCUCAAGUUCUCGCCAGAAAAAAAGAAGAAACGCUGCAAGUACAAAACAGAAAAAAUUGAGACCCUAAAGCCGGCAGACCCGCUGCACCCUGUAGCCAAUGGAGACAUAAAAGGAAGGAAGCCCUUCACGAACCAGAGGGACUUUGCUCACGUGGGAGAAGUGUAUCACUCCUCGCACAAGGGCCCGCCCUCGGAGGGGAGCUCAGAAACUUCCUCACAGUCUGAAGAGUCUUAUUUCUGUGGCAUUUCAGCUUGCACGACUCUGUGCAGUGGACAGUCCCAAAAGACAAAAACUGAGAAGAGGGCUUUGAAACGAAGGCGCUCCAAAGUCCAAGACCAAGGAAAGCUGAUAAAGACGCUGAUACAGACUAAGUCAGGGUCCUUGCCGAGCCUGCAUGACAUCAUCAAAGGCAACAAGGAGCUCGCCGUGGGGACAUUUGGGGUGACGGCAGUCUCGGGCCACAUCUAGAAUAAUCGAACUUUCAUACUGGAGACUUUCUGUUGUUCUUUGAAGAACAGUUUGUGGUAUUUGAAGGGUUUGGGGGAGGGAGAAAUAUUAAUGGGAAAAGUAUUCAGAAUUUAUGGUUUCUGCCUUUUUAAAGGUAAGUGGGAUUGUGUCCGUCAGUCUUGGUCAAUGAGCUGCAGUUCUGCAAGGCUGAUUCCUUCCUGUAAGGACGUGGUGGACGUUUUCUAAAGGUGUUUCCACAGGUUAAUCCUGGUAGUGUGGAGGCCUAGUUCCUUGGGUGGGGUAGGAAUGGACGCCUGAACCUCUUCCCGUAGCUUUGUUCCUGUUUCUUGCACCUUCCAUAUUUACGUGCCUUUUGUCUAUUUAUAAUGCCACUGGAAGAGGAGGGGACUUUUCCUGUCAUUUGAUUUCUUUAGUAACUUCGUUAGUCUUUUGAAGCUGCAAACACUACAAGGCUUUAAGGUGAUCUGCUCCUGGGCUCAGUGAGUGGGUUGGUCAGUGUGAAGGGCCUGCAGACUCGCCAAGUAGACGCUGCUUGGCAGACUCACCGGAAAUGAGCUCUCGGGAGUUUCCAGGUCCGUGUCUAGGUGAACGGUGAUACUGUCCUUUCAUUUAACUUAUUCACACUAGUUUUCUGUAGUUAUUGAUUCAACGAGGGAAACAAAGCUGCAAGAUCUUUUCUUACAAAUGAUUGGUAUUUGCAAAUCUUUUAUACGUUCACCUUUUAAACACGUGUAACUACUUGUAAAGGUUUUCAGUAGCUACAUUACCGUUUAAACAUUCACAGUAAGCACCAACCCUGCAGACUUCCACUUGCUACAAAUAGAAAAUGUGAAGCUUUCUCCAGUGAGUCCAGGUCCCUCGGGACGCAGUCACUGCCCGUGGACGUGUGGCCUGGCAGUGAGUCUCCGAACCCGCUCAACUGGCCGGGUGCAGGGCUUCCUCGUCCCUGGUGUUGGCCUGUGUCGGCUACAGAUGUGCAGAGGAGCGCGUGUGCUGUGCGUGUCUGUCCUCACCUGUCCUCUAUGUCCUUAUUUGGCAGCGACUGUAUUUGUGUGUGUUUGUAGUAAUGAGUGAAAGUGGAAAGUUUCUUUUUGAAAGGGAGCGAGUUGACCAUUUUGUGUUGUCAGACUUAAGUUAUAACUUAUUGAGCACUUUUAGUAGUAACUGUGUUUAAACUUGUCUCAUACCUUUCUGGGGGUAUUGUUUGUAAUGUGACGUAUUUAAAGCCUUUUUUGUUUAAGUUGCUGCUUUAGAGUACCAGUGUGUUUUGGGUGAUUGACAUUCUUCCAGUCUGUACAAUUAGCCAUUCGGAGGAGGAGGUCCGAUUGCACAGCCAGCAGAGCGAGCGGAGCCAGGCCCGCCAGCGCCGGCGAGGUGCGGAGCGGGCGCCCCGUUGCACGGAGCUGGAGCGCCGUUAGAAACUGUGAAUUUCCAAUAAAUCUGAACACUUGUCUUUAUUAA